CAUUUCCGGUUCCGCUUCCGGGUGCGCGGCAGCACCGGGCCGGGCUCCGGGGCCCGUCCGGCGGCACCGCCAUGGCCGCCUCUGCCGGGAGCCGCACGCAGAAGAUCGGGAGCGUGUACAGCCGGGCGCGGAACCUGGUGCGCAUCGGGCUGCUGCGGAAGCCGCUGUGGCUGGACGUGUACGCCGCGUUCCCGCCGCUGCGGGAGCCCCUGUUCCGCGUGCCGCGGCCGCGCUACGGCGGCGGGGACCCGAUCGGCGCCGUGCUCUACCGGGAGGACACCGUGCGGGCGUGGGUCCGGGGGCACCGGGGCUGGGGGGGAACCGGGGCUGUGCAUCUGGUUAAUAAAUCGGGGCCGCGCUGGGGUAAAUCCGGGAGGUUUUACAAAGUUUAUGGCAAUGGCCCCAAACCUUUCGACCUGACUCAGUUAAACUUCAAAUCCACCUGCCAGAGGUUUGUUGAGAAAUACAAUGAACUGAAGGAAGAGGGGAAGAUUGAAGAGGAGAAAUUGUUUGAAGAAACAGGAAAAGCCCUUUUAGCCAGUGGGAUCCUUUUACAGAGAAGAGGAGUAGACAAGGGUGCUGCAGCCAGGGAUGCUGCCUUGCAGCCCCAGCUCCAGGCCGUGCUGGGGGAGCUGCAGGAGAAGAGGAAGGAUGGGGAGGAGCAGCCACCAGAGCUGGCAGGGACACAGAAGGAGAAUCCCUGUCCCUCCUGACAGCCCUGUCACCUGCCAGGAGCCACCUCAGCCCUCCUGGGGGACACUGCCUGAGGAGCAGGGCCUGGUGCCCUCCAGGCUCUUCCAUGGCACACAUUCUCCCCGUUGAUAAAGUCACAGAAAAUCUUAUUUCUUUUAGCAUUCACAACUGUUUUCUGAAAUCAAGUUGGAAAACACCGAGUGCCAAAGUGGAACAUUAAAACAUUCUCUUUAAAAAGUGGAAGUUCUGCCUGCUCAGGUGUCUGUGUGCAGCAGUGAAGAUGUUUCCUGCUGGGGGAUGCAGAUCCUGUUUGAUGUGUUCCAGCAGCUGUCUGAAGUGCCAUCUUUUUAUAGCUGAUUGAGGAAAGCUGCUAAUUAUAGCAGUGCUGUAAUGUGCUCUUCCCAUCCCAUCAUUUCCUUAGAUUCAGAGCGGGAUGAGGGGUGGCUCUACCAGAAAAGUGGGAGCUUUGCAGUUUUUAGUGGCUCCUGAUGAAAUUGGCCACCUUGGAAGUGUGAAAAUGGGAUGUGCCAGCUGUUUGCUGAGAGAAAGGAGAUGCUGCUUGGGAAGAGUCACUGGAGACCUGGCAGAGACAAAAAUAACAGCCAACCUUCCUGGGACUGGGAGGGAGCUCUGCCCCUGCCUGCACAUCCAGGGCCUGGCUGAUCUCUCAUUAAACAUUUGGCUCGGGCUCUGUGAAAUACAAACAGUUUGGUUUGUGUCUUUCUUUGA